AUGUCGAUUGUAGCUGAGUACGCCAAGUCGAACCGAUCGUUGUGUAAGUCAUGUUCGAAGUCGAUUGAGUCGAAAGCCUUGAGGGUUGGGUUGAUUAGCAAAGGACCUGGCGGAAUCGAUAUGCCCAGAUGGCACCAUUUGGAUUGUUUUCCUACCGAUUCGGAGUCGAUUGGUUCCGUCGAUGAUAUCAAAGGAUUAUCCGAUUUAGAGAAAGAUGAUCAGGAUGCUUUGGCCAAAUUGGUUGAACUAUGUGGCGAGCCUGCAAAAGAACAGGUAGGUGGGAAGGAGGAAGAGGUUAAGAACCUUCUUGUAACAGAUGAGAUAAGUGGGAAGAAGAUUAAGGAGACGAUUGGUUCUUCAAAAGUUAUUGUUGAGUAUGCGAAAUCAAGCAGAUCAACAUGCAAGAAUUGCUCUCAGACAAUCGCUGCAAAGGAACUGAGAUUGGCGCUCGUGACCAGAGACUUCCGGGGAUAUGAUGUGACAAAAUGGCAUCACUUGGGUUGUUUUCCUGUUGAAUCAGAUCCAAUUGAUUCUGUAGAGGACAUUGGUGGAUUUUCAUCACUGGAGAAUGAUGACAAGGAUGCAUUAAAGGAAUUGGUUCUAAAAUGCGGGAAGAAGACUUUGAACAUGGAAGAAGAUAGCAAUGAAUCUGGAGCUGAUAAAGGGCUAACGGAGGAGACAAACAAAAGAAAACAUUCUCAGGUUGAUGGGAAGGAGGGAGAAGUUAAAAGUCCUGCAUCAGAUGAAAUAUGUGGGCAGAAGAAGAAUAAGGAGACGAAAGGUUCUUCUGCUUCUUCAAAAGUUAUUGCUGAGUAUGCGAAAUCAGGCAGAUCAUCAUGCAAGAAGUGCUCUCAGACAAUCACUGCAAAGGAACUGAGAUUGGCGCUCGUGACCAGAGACUUCCGGGGAUAUGAUGUGACAAAAUGGCAUCACUUGGGCUGUUUUCCUGUUGAAUCAGAUCCAAUUGUUUCUGUAGAAGACAUUGGUGGAUUUUCAUCACUGGAGAAUGGUGAUAAGGAUGCAUUAAAGGAAUUAGUCCAACAAUGCGAGAAGAAGACUUUGAUGAACAUCAGUGAGUCAACUUCUCAGGUCGUAGCUGAAGCAGAAAUCUCUCUUUCAGCUUCUGAUGUGAAGGACAAGUACAGGGGUGCCAGUCUAUUACCAAAAUGGAAAGCUUUCGAGACUGUAAUAUUCCUUGAGCGGGAUGAUGGUCUUAAUGAUUCAGAGAAGAUAGCUGCAUUUGACUUUGAUGGAUGCCUUGCAAAAACAUCUGUGAAAAUAGUUGGGGCAGAUAAAUGGUCUCUUAUGUAUCCGUCCAUUCCUGAGAAACUGCAAAGUCUGUACAGUCAGGGCUAUAAGCUGGUCAUUUUCACAAAUGAAUCCAACAUUGAUCGGUGGAAGAACAAAAGACAAGAUGCAGUAGACUCGAAAAUUGGACGUCUCAACAGUUUUAUCAAGCGUGUGGAGGUUCCCAUUCAGGUGUUUAUAGCCUGUGGAGUCGCUAGUUCUGGUGGUAAAGAUGACCUUUACCGCAAACCUAAGGCUGGAAUGUGGCAACUCAUGAAGAAGCAUUUUAACUCUGGAAUUGCAAUUGAUAUGGAUAAAUCCUUCUAUGUUGGGGAUGCAGCCGGAAGAAAUGGUGAUCACAGUGAUACAGACAUAAAAUUUGCGCAGGCGAGUGGAUUGAAGUUUUAUACCCCAGAGGAGUACUUUCUCGCUUGA